AUGUCAAACAGCAGAUCGAGAGGUCCACCACUACCCCAUGCAAUAUCAGGCUCGUCCUUACAAGCUCAGCUAGAAAGCGAGGGCGCCCAAAUCCUCAGAAACAAUAACCAUCCGCUGAUCGACCACAUUAUUCGCCAUGCAACUCCGGGCUACAUUACAAAGGCCAUCUGGCUUCAAGAGCACAGCGUUAUAGAGCAUGAAUAUCUAUUGCUAUGCGUCAAGACCUACGAUGGAAGAUUAUCUUGGAUGCGCGUUGAACGCAUGGGUGACCUCCCCGAAGGCUCUGACGCCACCAACGCCCUGACAGACCAGGCACAAUUAGUUGUGACCAUCGCACCCUCUCGAGAAAAUCUCGUUUGCGGUGAUAGAAUUCUCGUCGAGGCUGAUUUGGACACAAACAAGGCACGUCUGAGUGAUAUCGCCAAGCUCAUACUGAUAGUUCACAACGAGGAACCUCAGUAUCACCUUCAAUGGCACAACUGUUGGUGGCUGGCUCGGGUCAUUAUGCAAGUGCUUAGUGGAACGUACAUGCACAACAAUCCAAAGCAGAAGAAAAAGGUCACAAAGCGGUGCGAUUCUUCGCACCAGAAGCAUGUCAAUGUUGUGAGUGCUGGUGGGCCAUUCGCGGGAUUGGGUCAGUUAGCGACUCAUAUACACUUCAAUAAGAGGACGAAGAGAAUUGUGGCUAAGUUUAAUGGGCAUUUAAAUAGUUAG